AUGAAAGAAAAUAUUUUGGAAUUGUCAGAGUUAAUGAAGGAUAAACCAAAAAAUGAAGAAUUAAACAAGUAUUUGAAACAAUUUGGAAUGAUACAGGGAGAUUUAGAAGAAGAUGAAGAGGAGGAAGAAGGGGAGGAAGAAGAUAUUGAGGAAGAAGAUGGAGUAAAACAAAUGAAGGAAGAAAACACAAAUAAAGAAAAAGAAGAUUUGAGUAAAAAUAAAUUAAAUGAUCCAAAAGAAUUGGAAGUUUUGAAAGAAAAGGAAGAAGAAAAUGAAAAGAAAAAGGUAGAAAAAGAAAAUGAAAAAACGUUAAAACAAGAUCAAAAAGAGAAUACAAAAAUAAAAGAAAAUAAACAAAUUGAAACUCCAAUAGAAAAACAGGUGAAUAACGAACAGAAAAUAAUUGAGAAGGAAAUUAUUUCUGAACUCCCAAAAGAUGGAAAUAAAGAAGGUUUAGAAGAAGUUACAAAAACGGAAGAUGAAGAAAUAAAUGAAGUAAAAGAAGAAUUAAAAGAGGUAAAUGAAAAAGAAAAAUUAGAGAAUAAAAAGGGUAAAGAGGAAUUUGAAAAAAUAGAUUCUUCAAAACAAAAUCAAAAGGAAAACUCUGAAAAUUCACAAUUUGAAGAAAUUAAAAAAAGACUUGAAGAAAUUGAAAAAGAAAAGAAGGAAUUAGAAGAACAAAUUGAAAAAAUGAAGGAAAAGGAAGGAAAUAAAAAAGAAGGAAAAAUUGAAGAGAAAGAAGAAAAUAAAGGAGAGAAGGAUCAAGUAAAUGAUGAUAAAAUAAAUAGUAAUAGUCCUCAAAAAGAAAAAAUUGUUAGUAAUUCUAUUCCAAAUUCACAAGAAAGGGAUAAAUUAUGGAGAAAAAUUUGGAAAUCAUUACGUAAACAACAAAAGAAAAAAUUGGUUUGGCAAGCACUGGAAAAUCGCAAAAAGCAAGGAAAUUGUCGCCAAACAUUGGCGACUUUUGGCCAAUUUUUUAACCAUUCACUUUUGGUUAAUUUUUAGCUCGUUCACCGUUAAUUUUUGUGUCGUCCUCUCUUUAUUUUUGAAUUGUUUUCCCGCCUAAAUUCCUUUCUUUAUUUUUUUGGUGUCCGUUCGUACCAGCCACCCUCUUUUCUCUUACUUAUUCUUCCUUUUGUUUUUUGACUUGGCUUCUCUUGCCGAGUCUUCUCUCAGUUUUAUUUUCUCUAGCUACUUCGCGCAUUUUUUUCAAACUUACAUUUUUAAAUUAAUUUAUUGCCAAACCCCGCCUUUAUUUGGGUCUAUUUAAGCAGGAGAUCAGCCUCCCAAAUUAUCUCACUUCUCACUUCUCACUUCUACAUCAUUAACUGCUCCUUCAAGUGCUGAUCUACUGCUGCCGGUGGACUGCUCUUUGGCUUCAACUGCCACUGCCCACUGGUUAGCCCUUCGCUUCACCCACUCAACUUCACUUGUUCAAUUGUUUAUUUUUUUGGUUG